CAAUCACCGGCUCGAUUCGCUUCAUUUGCUUCUUCUCUUGUAGCGCUGACGCGCCUUGCUUUUAUCAUUUGCGCUUGAAGAAUAAACGAUUACGCACCUCAUCGCGAGCCUGUCACUAUUUUUUGGCUCCCAUUGUCUACGGACUCCUACUCACACCUUAAUGACACACUAUUCGGACUGUCCUAUACACGUACACGCGCGCACGCACACGCGCGCGGCCUACUCUGCGUAUUCGCCAUCGCCGGAGAAAGUUUUCGUUAGUACGUAAAUCGCGCGACUUUGUGCAGUUCCGCAAGCGGUAGCUCCGAGACACGAAUAAUGGACGAGGAGAAGAUGUGGAAGGACUUUUACCACAAGGUGAUGGAGGAGACCGAGAGGAAACAGAGGGGACGGCAAAUUCGUAGUAGUCACGAGAGCAGGAUCCAAGAGGAGGAUGGUAGCUUCUUCGAGAAGCUCGGCACCCGUCUAGCUGAGAGGGCGCAGGAGCAGCAACUCGAGGAAAGUUUGCCGCCUCCGGGGGCUGAGGAGUCCGAGGGCUGCCCCCCAGUCGCCGACAACGAGGACGAGAACUUCUGCGUGGUCGAGGAGAGGGAUGCGCUCUACGCGGAGCGGGAGAGUUGCCUGAGGGGAGGGGACAAGGCCGUGCCCGAGACAGACAGCGAGUCCGAGGAGCACGAGACAGUGUACGACGUCGUCGCCGAGUCCGUUGGGCUUAACAUCGAAGAGCUUUAUGCUGCCCUUUUAUUCAUAACUCAGCACCAAAUUGGUUUUGACGUAGCCGAUGAAGUAGAACAAGAUGCAAUUAUCGAAUAUUUACGAAAAGCAUUUAGUAUCGACGAUGAAACUCAUGAAAGAGUUAUGGAGGAGACGCGUCAGAUGGAGGCACCCGAAAUGCACUUAAAUAUAGAAGUAAUAGAGGCCAAAGAGUUAGUUUCCAAGGAUGCCAAUGGGAAAAGCGACCCAUUUUGUGUUCUAUAUCUGGAAUCGGCACCGACAAGACGAUACAACACGGCUGUUAAGACCGAGACCUUGACACCUGUUUGGCAAGAGCAUUUUGAAAUGCCCCUGGAUAAUCCGGAAAAUGACGUGCUGUAUCUGGAAGUAUGGGAUUUCGACGCAGCGGAAACGGUGCCCGAAAAAAUGAGCAAAGUGAAGAGCAUCAAAGGCGUUCGAGGUCUGGUGAAAUUAGCAAAAGAAAUCGCCAUUACCGCUACUAAUGGUAAUCACGACAAUGAAUUCAUCGGCAGUAGUCGCAUACCGCUCAAGGACAUUCCAGUGACGGGCAACGUGCUAUGGCUGUCACUCGAUAAGAAAAACAAAUCGAAGCGCCGGGGCCAGGUGAAGGUGAGACUGGCAUUCAAUACCGAGCACAACGUCCAGGUCGCCUUCCAGGAGCACCGGCACCUACUGCGCAUCCUACUGCUCCACGAGCUCGAGGCCCGUAAGGUCGAGCGGUACGCGUGGCAGGGCACUUGGUCCGGUGCGGCCGAGGUCGUCGUGCUCCAGCACGCGGUGCAGCGCGGCCUACGUCAGGAGCUCCUCUCACUCGCUCGCUGGACCGAGUUUGCCGCCGUUCACCAGGAGCAUCAGCUCAGCUUCGCCGUCUUCCUGCGGCUGGCGGAGGAGCUCGCGGUCCCGGUCAAGAGCCCCGGCCGUCUCAACGCCGAGCAGACCAAACUAUUCUGGGACGCGGCCAGAAGAAUUCUCCACUCGGGAUUGGGCGUGCUGAGGAAAAUCAGGAGGCUGGCGAUCGAUAAGGAAAACGCGAUUAAACAACUCUCCGCUAUUCUUAGGACGAUCUCUAUAUUAUCGACCCUCGAAGUUCCGCAAAAUGUAAAUUUGUUUCCGACGAAAAUCUAUUCAUGGUUUCCGCCGGAAAUUUUGGAUGAUGACAGAGUUAGUGUCCCCGAGGCACUAGAGUACGCUGUGAUUCGAGGUGGAGCCGAAUGGUUCGACUACAUAGUUGCGAAUAACAGCUUGAAGGAAGACUCCGAUGAAGAAGCACUCAAGUACCACAUCAAGAUAAUUCAGUUAAUAAGAAUAGAUUUACAACGUGCUAUGGAAAUAUACGAGAAAUUGUUCGUUAAAACGAUCGACUUCCCGUAUACGAAAACUUUGUACAUAAUGUAUGAGAAGAGAGUCAGCGAUCUGUGCAUGGUGAUAGUGGAGGACAUUUGCGGGAGAUUGAAGAGAAUCGAGAUCGAAACAUCCGAGGAUCCGGAAUUAAGUUUGGGCACCACGCUUUUUGAGCUUUAUCUAGCCAUUCAGCGAUUCGCAGCGGUUGGCCAAAACUUCUGCCCCGACGACUUGGACAGCAUUAAAGUGCAGAGUUAUUACGAUUGGUUCAGAGCUGCUGUCGCGCACUGGCUGGAAAUAGCAGUUUAUAAAGCCAUGAAAAGAAUCGAUCGGGCAGUUGAAUUUGACAAUUUGCAGCCCGUCGACGCGAGCGUACAGUAUAGUUCCAGUGCCGUCGACACUCUAACAAUCUUUUAUCAAAUUAAGGUUUUCUGGACGCAGCUCGCCUGGCCCGACAUCGAAGGAGCUUACGCGUUUAUAGCGAAAAUUGUUGAUGACAUAUGUAAAUGCUGCAUCACGUACGUCGAUAAAAUGUCCCAAAAGGCGGAGGAGAUCCAGCAUCGGCAGGACAUUGAAAAUGCGAAUAACGUUUAUGGGCAGCAAUUCGACGUGUCGGUGGCCUGGUGCUACGCGAUCAACAACAUGGACUACAUAAGGACAUCGAUCGAGCCGCUCUCCAAGGAUCUUGGCCUCGACAGCGUCAUCGAAGCCUUGGCCGAAAGCAAGAGUCAGCAGGAUGCUGAGCGUUGCAAGCAAACGCUCCAGCUUAUCGUCGACAACGCCAAGGACACAGUUAAAAACAAGAUUAUCGAUAUGCUCGAGACGGUAGCCCAAAAAAUGACACCUGCCAUGAAACGGUAUUUGAUGGAGGGUGCAGAAUUUGUAGAUUCAAAGAGUAAUUCAAUGGACAGACUCAUGGAAUACUUGGACUCCAAUCUCAUUACACUUCACAAUAAUCUCAACGAAGACAACUUCCAAAGAAUCUUAAUGAUUAUUUGGGAAAUAAUUGCAGACUCUCUGAACCAAUUAGUUUCCAACAAUUUGGAGAGAAGAAGGCCACCUACAUUUUACUCGAAUCUUCAUAAAACGUUGCACACUCUCAUACAGUUUUUCAAUCUCGGAGCGGAUGAGUUGGCGAACGUAAAAGUUCUCGAGAAAAUUGAAAAAGUCCUGAAGCUUUAUGGCCUGGAAACUACCGAACUCAUUCACCAAUAUUACGUAGACAGGGUGAAGGAACAAAACAAUAUACUCGGCGAACCUUACGGAUUACUCACGGUCAAGGCAUAUUUCUUCAACGAUUUGCUAAAUUUACAAAUACUCAACGCACGAAAUUUGAAGUCGUUUGACAGUAACGGUAAAUGUGAUUCAUAUGUAAAAAUCAGACUAUUUCCCGAAGAUAUCUUCGUAGGUAUGAAGACAUUCAAAACGAACGUGCAGAAGGAGACGUUAUUUCCGCUUUACGACGAAAGUUUUAGCAUUCCAUUGACUCCGGAACAGAGGAAACGUGAAAAUGCGAUUGUGAUGUUCGAGCUUAAAGAUAAGGACUUUUUGAGAACGAGAUUUAUGUCCGAGUGCUUUUUACUGUUCUGUGACAUUGAGACGACGGAAUCGCAUCAAGGAUUCGCGGAGCUUGUACAAAUUCAUUUGAAACUUUCACGACCCAUGUCGCAAAGUUCGGAAGUCGUUCGUGUUUUAUCGCGAAGGAAAGGGGAUAAUUUGGCGUCGAGCUUUGCUUCGAAGAUCCACACAAAAAUGAAUUCCAGUUAGAAGUAUGAAUAAACUUAUGCAAUUCAGCAUUGUUAUUGCGAAAAGGAGGGCGCACGAGCGUGCAUUUGGCGAAGUUUCUCAUUCGUACCGUUUUAUAUCUCAAUUAUUCGAUGAAUUUUAUAAUAAUACUUUUACACGUACACUUUCCAAGUUUGAGAAGUUUUUCGAUCGACAAACGCGUUGAGAUCAAUGUGAAGUGAUUUUUACGAAAUUAUUCCUGUGAUAUUGAAAAUGCUGCAAACAAUUACCUUAAAUUCUCGUCAUUUAUUAUUAGAUAUUAAUUUAUUAAUGGAAUAAAAAAAUGACAAGUAAUACAUUAAAUAUAAUCUAAUUAGCAUUAAUUUGAUUCAUUGUCUGUCUAAUCCUGAUUUGCCAUAAUUUAGCUAAGCCCUUGCGAACAUUACAAUCAAGUAACAAUCAAGUUUUUGUAGUUAGCUGCCUUUCCUUUUAGGCAUUGGCUUUGCCAUGCGAAUAUCGACAGCGAUCAUUUAAAGACCAACUCCUUCGCAGGAAAUUGUUAUUAUUA